CUCGUCAGAAGACACCCGAUGAAGAGCAUCGUUCAGGUCUGUGUUAAACACCUGUGUCUCCUCUUGGACCGGAGCAUGUCCUUACUUUACUUUACUUACUAACUUAUUUACUUAUUCACUUACAAUAACGUCAAAAGAAAGACACAUGCAGAUGUUAAUUUUCCCUUUAUAUACUGUAGAGCAUAUUUUAGAUGUCCCUAGAAGAAGAUCUCAGAGAUCAUACUGCUUUGCUGUAUCAGGAAGUGUUAAGAGACUUUUUGAAUGACAACUUGUUUUUGUCAUGGAUGUUAUAUUUUGGUGUUACAUGAGAUUACUUUAGAUCUCUAUACUGAACAAGCUGUUUGCUUCCUAAUCAGAAAGGUUCGGCUCAACAAUAUUUAAAGUUUGCUAAAGUGCACACAUAACAGUAAGAGUAACAGUAACAGUAACAGUAAUAUAUCAAUAAUUUAAAUACCUGAAUUAUAAAAGAUCAAAUGAAUGGAGGACACCCAGUUUAUAAUCUGUUCCUGGAGGUGUUAGGACCCUAAACAGCUGCUAACUUUGUUCUGCUUAUGCCUUAAGCCAGCUAUGCAAAUAUUCUCAGGUGAUAUUUCUUUGUGAAAAUGGGAACAUACGCCGUGAUGAUAGAUUGUCUCUGGCACCAUUUAUCCCAGAAGGAAUUUCUGAACUUUUACCACUCACAACUCCUACUCCUCUUACAAACUUAAAUAGUUGUUAUGCAUUUGUAUAAUACAUUCCCCUUAAGUUAUUUAAAAUCCCAAGUUUAAAUUCUAGAUGUUCUAUAAUAAAUAAUGAGAUGCUCCCAGUUGGGACUGAAUGCUACCAUUUACAGAAAACCCUUUUCACUCUUUUCAAAGUGUUGAAAUGGCAUCUAAACAUCCUCAGCAAUUUUUUAAAUAAAUAGAUGCCAGUCUGAAAAAUUAGGCUACCUUUCACCAGCACUGGAGGAACCCAAGUAAAUCUCUGUGCAUAAGCCUUUUAAUCAUCUAUUCAACCCAGUGUACUGUAUGUUGACAGCCACUAUUGGAGAUAAUUCCUCCCAAAAGCUUUCAUUCACUCUCCAUCUGCAUGAACAUUCGUUUUCAAAAGAACUUAAUUGUGCAAGCACAGUCAGCCUUAACCAACAGUUCAGAUCAUUUCUUUAAUUCAAGGACACAGUUUCCAGGUACCGGUGAAAGCUGAGUUGUUAUUAAUUUUCUCUCCUGAUUUAACAGGUGACACAUUAGCUCAUCUCCCUCGCAUCGUGGCUGCCAAUGCCCCCUGCUGUUCAUUGUGGCAAGCUGGAUGCAGUUUGUCCUUGUUUUCGAGCCCAUGAAUCUUGCAUGCAGAGGAUAUUUUGAUCCAUGACGCUGCAUAUUCCGCAGGCAGCUGUGUUCCAUCCCACCAAAUACAGUCAUCUGUUUCUCUGCCCAUGCUGAUGGAGGAAAGUCUUUGGCAUCUCAUUAUUAAUUGAAUUAAGGGAGGUAUUUCUGGAGCAAGAUAAGUACAUCGAUGCUCACACUCGGACACCACCUCCCGCCUCCUAGUGUAAAUGCAAACCAGCCUGGACAGAGACGCUUUGGCUCAGCUAAAGCUAUAAAAUGUUACAUUGUCCUUCCAUGAUAGAAUUGACAAUAAGUGACUGGUUUUCUAAUAGACUAUUUUUAGACCUGCAAGAUGGACCAGGAGCAGCUUUGUGGUUAUUAUGACCACAGUUGGGAACCAAUUUGAUCUGUCAAAGGUGCAAUUCCCUAAACAUCGCUGUGUUUUUUAAUCAAAGCCUGUCACUCUGGUGCUAACACCUCACCUAAUGUAGGCUUUUUCUGGCAGGGCAAAGGACUGAUGACAGUAGUACAGUAAAAAAACCUGCAUAUUUGGGGGACAUUAUAUAAAGCUACUGUAAAAUCACACAUUCUUAUUGAAGUAUUAGCACAUCCAGUUCAAUCAUGCCAGUACACCUACCCUUUUCCACUGAUCCUUAAUUCUGUAUUGGUAUGCAGGAUUGACCUUGGUGCUAAUGAGCUGCUCGUGAUACAGGAUAGCUGAUAGGCCUUAGGUCAAACUAGACAUCAGAAAAGGAAACAAGGCCAUACUGAGCUGCUCUUACACUGUACAUAGUCCCAUGCAGUUUGUAUAAUAUUCUACUUUAAGACAGUAUUUUCUUGGUGAAAAACCAUCAUCUUCCAGUAAUAGCAAUGGCUUCUCAUUAGUUUGUAAAGUCAGAUUCUUUACAGUUUUGACAGUCAUUACACAUUUAAAGUACAAUCAUAACACUGUUUUAAAUAACCCCCAGAUGCUUAUAAUUCACUGUUGUGCACAUGAUGAUGACUCCCCUUAAAGCAUAAUCUUACCAGUAUGUUAGUAUGACCUCAAAUUUUUUUCUUGGAACUAAGAUCUCAGAAGUGUACUUUCUCAGAGUAACGAAAAAAUAUGAAGUCAAUGAAUUAAAACUAUCAUUAUUAGAUGGUAAGAAAAUGCACCGUCCAAAAAUAUUUCUUUCAUUGCAAAAAUGCCAGGUACAGUUACCAGCAGUUUGGGUACACUCUGCUCUCCAAAAUCGGAUGAAGUGAUUACAGCAUUCAGAACUGAACAAAUGGAGGGUUAGAGGAGAGAAACAAGAGGGGUCGUGGGCGUGUGAAGAUGGAAAAGAGUACUGGGUCAUUAGUCUUUGAUGUUUUUCUCCCUCUGAUGUGACCCAUGACUAAUUCUCAACCAUUUUUUUCAUAAAAUAUGUGUGCAGGACUUUAUUUUCCAUAAUGACAUACAUCUAUCAAUGCAUUAUUUUGUUCAUGUCUGCUAGUAAUACUAAUAAUAAUUAUGUCUUCCUCACCACAUUACUAUCCCAAUCCCCAUGGCUUCUGCAUGCAAUGCAUUAUUUCCAAGGUUGACUAUAGUGUGCAAAAGAAUCCCUUGCUAAUCCAGGCCUCAGCGUAUACCUCAACCGCCCCAUCCACCCGGAAAAUCAUGCCUCCGGCUCACGUGCAUGAAUCUAGCGCCAGGAAUUAUAUGUAAAAGUGGUUGGCUUGUUGCUAUAGCUAAUUUAACUAUAUUCUUAUCUUUUAUGUCAAUGGAAAAUAUCACUGAAACAAUGUUAUUUUCUCUUUGUCUGUAGGGUCACGGCUAGAAGCUAUUUUAACAUUGAAUAGGGAAUUAUGAGGGACUAUUGGGAUGGUGUAUCGCGUCCCAUGGGACAUAUUAGAUUGUGAUGUCUCAAAGGAGGUGAGAGGGAAAAAAACCUUCCUUGGGAAAAGAUAAAGGAAUGAGGAAUUUAUGUUCAAAACUGUGAUAUCAUCUGGUUUUUGUUUACUUUGGUGCAGUUUAAUUUGCUCUAAUAAAUAUUAAUAAAAAGGAUUAAUCCAAUUUGUUUAAAUGACAACUUUUCUUAGAACUACCCUUUUGUGUGAACCCUCUAAUUCUCAAGAGAGUAAGAAAAUAACCAGUCACUUUUACAAGACCAGGAAGUAAGACAUCUGGAGGGGACAACUGCAUGAGAACCAGAAUAGGAUGAAAAUAAGGAGGACGAAUUAACAAAGACAUAAAUAGCUUUUUUACUAUCCCUUUAGCCAUGAGUAUGAAUAAUUUCUUCAACAAAACUCCACAGUGGUUUUUCUUCAUUCGAUAAUUUAUUUUGGUUUUUAUCUGGCCAUUCACUUUACUUACCGUCAAUGCUUUUUCUCAGACCACCUAGUUCUGUCAAGUGAAGUGGCUUUGCUUUGCUCAGAGAUAUUCCUAAUCACAAUAUCACUUCUUUACUAGGAACUCCCCAAGAAAGACUUUAGCAUUGUGGAUAAAAAGUCAGUAAUAACUACCACAACUGAUAUAUUAUUGUUUUAUUUUUGCAGAUUUCCAGGAAUAAGGUUGGUGAAACCUGUCUUCAAUGCCAUACGAUACAUUAUGAACAUGCUGGGACUGACACAGUAUGAAGAGAUGAUUCUGAAACAAGAUGGGUGAAGCUGUGGGCUUCAGCUUUUGGUGGGGAGAUGAAGUCCAUAUCAGCAAAGUACUCCGGCUCCCAGCUGCUGCAGAAGAAAUACAAGGAGUUUGAGCGGGCGGUGCGGGUGGAGGAGAUUGAUGGGCUGCGUCUGGUGAAGAGGCUGGCCGACGACAUGGAGGAGAUGUUUCACAAGAAAGCCGAGGCAAUGAAGAGACUGGUAGAGGCAGCAGAGGAAGCCCACCUACAGCAUGAGGAGGAUCCAGACCUACAGUAUGAAUACUUCAAUGCGGUGUUGAUCAAUGAGGUUGACGAGGAGGGGAACAGCGUUGAGCUUGGAGGAGAAUUCCUCCUGCAACCCAAUGACCACUUCAACAACCUGUCAGUCAACCUCAGUCUCAGCACGGUCCAGGUGCCCACCAACAUGUACAACAAAGACUCUGCAAUCGUCAACGGGGUGUUCUGGUCUGAGGCCUUGAAUAAAGUGUUUGUUGAUAACUUUGAGAGAGACCCAUCACUCAUAUGGCAGUACUUUGGCAGUGCAAAAGGCUUUUUCAGGCAGUACCCAGGGAUCAAGUGGAAGCCGGAUGAACACGGGGUCAUAGCUUUUGACUGUCGAAACCGGAAGUGGUACAUCCAGGCUGCCACGUCUCCAAAGGAUGUUGUAAUCCUGGUGGAUGUCAGUGGCAGCAUGAAAGGACUUCGGCUGACCAUCGCCAGGCAGACAGUCUCCUCCAUACUGGACACUCUUGGAGAUGACGACUUUUUUAACAUCAUUGCUUACAAUGAGGAGCUGCAUUAUGUGGAGCCGUGUCUAAAUGGAACAUUGGUCCAAGCAGAUGUUCCCAACAAAGAUCAUUUCCGGGAACACCUCGACAAGCUGUUUGCGCAAGGCAUUGGUAUGUUAGACAUAGCCCUGACUGAGGCCUUCAAUCUCCUUGGUGACUUCAACGAGACUGGAAGGGGGAGUGAGUGUAGCCAGGCCAUUAUGUUGGUGACGGAUGGGGCAGUGGACACAUAUGAUGCCAUCUUUGCCAAGUACAACUGGCCAGACAGAAAGGUCCGCAUAUUCCCAUACCUGAUUGGUCGAGAGUCAGCCUUCGCAGAUAAUCUGAAAUGGAUGGCCUGUGCUAACAAAGGCUACUUCACUCAGAUUUCAACAUUGGCAGACGUACAAGAGAAUGUGAUGGAGUAUCUCCAUGUGCUGAGUCGGCCCAAGGUGAUCGACCGGGAACACGACACGGUGUGGACUGAGGCUUACAUCGACAACACUAUGGACGAUGGUAAAGGUCCGGUUCUGAUGACCACGGUGGCAAUGCCAGUGUUCAGUACCAAGAACGAGACUAGAAACCGAGGCAUCCUGCUCGGGGUGGUUGGGACGGACGUGCCUGUGUCUGAGCUGCUCAAGACCAUCCCAAAAUACAAGCUGGGCAUCCAUGGCUACGCCUUUGCAAUCACCAACAACGGCUACAUCCUCACACAUCCAGAUCUGCGACCACUCUAUGGAGAUGGCAAGAAGCGCAAGAAGCCAAACUACAGCAGUGUGGAUCUGUUUGAGGUGGAAUGGGAGGAUAAGGAUGACACGCUGAGAAAUGCCAUGGUCAACAGGAAGACAGGGACCUUCUCCAUGGAGGUGAAGAAGAGUGUUGACAAAGGGAAACGUGUACUGGUGUUGCAUAAUGAUUACUAUUACACAGACAUCAAAGGGACUCCUUUCAGUCUAGGGGUAGCCCUCUCCAGAGGCCAUGGGAAGUUUUUCUUCAGAGGGAAUGUCACAGUGGAGGAAGGACUUCAUGACUUGGAGCAUCCUGAUGUAGCGCUGGCAGAUGAAUGGACAUACUGCAAUACAGAUGAGCACCCAGAGCACCGAUACCUGUCCCAGAUAGAGGCAAUCAAACUCUACCUCAGUGGACAUGAACCCCACCUACAAUGUGACAAGGAGCUGAUCCAGGAGGUUCUCUUUGACGCCGUGGUGACUGCCCCUCUGGAGGCCUACUGGACCAGCCUCGUGCUCAACAAGUCGGAGAACUCAGAUAAAGGUGUAGAGAUUGCCUACCUGGGCUCAAGAACAGGCCUGUCGAGAAUCAACCUCUUUGUGGUGCCCGACGAGCUUACAAACCAAGACUUCCUGACAGCUGAAGACAAAGAGGGGGUGUUCAACGCCGAUCACUUUCCCCUGUGGUACAAGAGAGCAGCAGAACAAGUUCCUGGGACCUUCGUCUACUCCCUACCCUUCAACUCAGGAUCAGAAAACAAGAGUGUUGUAUUGGCCAGCACUGCCAUUCAGCUUCUGGAUGAGAGGAAAUCACCCAUAGCUGCGGCUGUUGGCAUCCAAAUGAAACUGGAGUUCUUCCAGAAGAAAUUCUGGACUGCCAGCCGACAGUGUGCAGCAUUAGAUGGGAAAUGCUCCAUAAGCUGUGAUGACGAGAACAUUAACUGCUACCUCAUUGACAACAACGGCUUUGUUUUGGUGGCAGAGGACUAUACUCUGACAGGGAAAUUCUUUGGAGAAGCAGAAGGGGCUGUAAUGAGUAAGCUUCUGCAGAUGGGCUCUUUUAAAAGGGUGACUCUGUAUGACUACCAGGCUCUAUGUUGGGUUUUUUCAGAGAGCAGUGACAGUGGACACACACUGUUAGAUCCGUACUUUGCUUUCUUCUCAGCUGUAAAGUGGAUCCUAACUGAGCUUGUCAUAUUCCUGGUGGAGUUUAACUUGUACAGCUGGUGGCACUCUGACCUCACAGCUAAAGCUCAGAGGAUGGGUCGGAGCAUGCAGGUACCAUGUGACACAGAGUACCCGGCCUUCAUCUCUGAGAGAACCAUCAAAGAGAACACAGGGAACGUUGACUGUGAUGGCUGCAUCAAGUCCUUUGUGAUCCAGCAGAUCCCCAGCAGUAAUCUCUUCAUGGUGGUGGUGGACAACAAGUGUGACUGCUCCAUGUUUGAGCCAAUCACCAUGGAUCCCAUCGAAAUCAUGUAUAAUGAAUCUCUCAAGUGCGAGAGGUUGAAGAUGCAAAAGGACAGGAGGCGCCCUGAUACCUGUCACCCUUUCCACCCAGAGGAGAACUCGAUGGAGUGUGGAGGAGCUGCCGGGCUUACCCCGUCGUUUGCGGCAACACUUCUCUGCGUCCUGCUGGCACUGUUCCCUAGGUGACCAGAGCUUGCCAUGCCUCUCCAUCCAGAACUUGAUUUGGAUCGGCUUGGCUCGGCAUGCAAAAGAAUUGCAACGAUGCCACAGAACACUCCUGCCCCUAAUAAAACAAUGCCCUCUUCCAACUCACCCACUACAAAGCCCCUACCCCUGAGGUACAGUGCCACCUAUUUGAAAGGAUUGAAAAUGGAUAGCUAUUAAAGCUGCUAAGUAGUGAUAAUUAUGGUGCUUUAGCAAAAUCACAUGAGCUGCACGAAAGGUUUUGGGCAGAGAUACAACGUUUUGAAAAAAGUAAUAAUGCUAAGAAUGCACAUAGUAGCUUACAACUGCACAAGUGGUCCAAUAAAUCCCACUGACACUCACACCACUAUGUUCAGUCCUUUUAGGUAGCUGCCGAGGGUCUGUAGAUGGGCUUGGAACUGGGCAUUAGAGCCACCUAACACCCAUGAGGAGAAAGACAGGUGCACCUUCCCCCGGCCCACUCUGACUUUUCAUGGACAAUAGUGAUGAAUAAAAAAAGAAUAAUACUGAAGAUGAAGAAGAUUAUAUGUGGCUGGGGUUAUAAUGAAAUGUUUGUCUAAUGUUCUUUUUCAUGAUGACAAAAAAAAGUUCUAGUCUAUAUAUGAAGAAAAAAAGAGUUUUAUUUAUUAUUUGCAAGUGGUACCCAUAAACUGUGACUAUGAGAUUUUGAGUCCUCUGAUGUGAGUGGUUGUUAAUAUUUGAGCUUUGCCUUACUGAAUGACAUUGGUCCUGUUUGUGUACUUUUGAAAUAAAAUGAUGUUUAAAAAGUA